AUGGAGAAAUAUCAUCUUUUGUUGCUCUCGUCUGUCAUACUUUGCAUUUUCGGCCGUGUGUUGCCAUCCUCUACCCGGUGUGAAGCGAUCACUAUUCACAGGGAUGCGUCAUCUUGCCGGAGCGGGCCCACACACUUCGGCUGCGCGAUUUGGAGGGACACCGCUUUCCUCCGAUCACCAGUACGGCUGGUGAAUUCACCCAGCUUUAGGGACGUUCCUCCACCGAGGGGUGCAAGCAACUCAGCAAAACUGGACUGGCGUAGGCCGCCGUGGCUUCAACAAGAAGUCUUUCCGAGUCUAUUACUGGAACAGGGAAGCUGCUUGUUUGGAACAAGCUCAUUCAUUCAGUCGCGUCUCAUCAAAGAGUCAGUAUACGAUGGCUACAAAGAAGUGCCAAAACUUGCUGUCUACAAGACGCUAAAAGUUACGUUCCCAAAAACUCCAUCCUUUGGCCAACAAAGCGGGCGCCGCUUGUGGUCUGAAGAGAGGGGAUUUGGAAGCCACUACGCUGUUCCGUUGGUGACAGGAUUAACUGGAUGCUCAGAUGUGAACCAGAACAUCCCCCAGUUCCUGUUACCUCCGCUAUUCACUGCCGUCCGGACGGGGGACAAACACAAGGCUCAGACCAUCACUGCCUUGUGGAAAAAGCCGGGGGUCCCGCGAGUGGGGUGGGUAGAUGACAGAUACGCAUCCUGGCAUGAGCAGCAACGUAUUCCUGGCUCUGCCACGGAGUUGAAUGAAUCAAGCACGAUUGGCAAGGCUGCGGUCAGUCAACUCGAUGGAACAUCGCCUGGCUCUGAGAAGUCGGAAUUAACCGUCGAAAAUGCUGCUGAAGGUCUAGCGCCUCAGGGAGAAGGGAUGGUCAUAAUGACCGGUACCAGUGCCUCCCACCUUGAUUCACUGGCGGAAGUCGUUAUCGCGGCUCUGUGGGAGACCCACAUGAGAAAGUUGCUUGGGCGAGAUGGUCGUGGAUAUUCGGGUUGGAUUGUUUUAGCUUUCAUGGACCUGGAAGUUCACAUUAUGACACCGGUAAUGAGAGAACGGUACGCUCUUGAGGAGCUUUACGGUCUGUGUCCUCGCAUUGAUAUUUCCGACUGUAUUCGGGUUGACAGUUUGGAAUCGUUUGAUCUGUACAGGGAAGGGUUUAAAACACUUGGUUCUGCCGAGCACCCCUUCCCGGAAGGGUUCUAG